AUGAGUAUGACUGAAAGUACGACCGUUAGAACGGAGAAUUCAGAAAUACAUGUAGUUGAGGCAAAUUUGAGUAGUACUCCAAUUCCUCCCGUCGGACGUAAUCCUGCUGAUGGAGGGCCUAUAGAGACUUCGGCCCAUAACAAUGGAGUACAAAUAGGAGUAACGCAUGAAAGUCCUAUGGACCCUAAUCAGAACAUAAUAUCACAAGUCGAUUUUGGCAGGGGCAACUCUGGGUUUCAAGCCGGUGUCAUUAACGGUGGUGUCAGCGGCAUCAGCUUCCACUACUCAGAAAAUCAGUCGAUAUUCGGUAGCCUUGUACAAGGAAGUCAACCUCUAGACACAUUCACCUUGGAGAUUCUCGCAAGAAGAGCCCAAGUCCAAGCCGGAAGAAGUACCGUGAGAAACCGAAGGAUCAAGUUGAGGCUCCUUCAGAUCGCCAAUGUCACCAAAUUUCUCGAUCGAGGCUUCGCGGAAUACUUUCAAGUCGCCGUGCUCUCAUUUGGCAAGCAACAUGCCCAGCAGCUACUGCAAGAUGCCCGCAAGACCAUAGCCAGGAUGCAGAACAAGCAGGACGACCCUGACUCUGCUGACAUCGGCGACCUCGGCCACUUUUGUGAACAGAGCGCAAUCACCUCGGGUAACUCUAAGCAGCGGCCUCCAAGAUUCACAAUUACCCAACGGCGCGAUGAAGAAACAUUACACUAUCUGCAAGAUGCGCUCGAGAUUCCUUACUGGGAAUUCAUGGUCGACAUAUUUUUGGGAUGGAAGGCGAACUCGAGUGCUUUAAGUGGAGACGUCGUGUUGCGUGUUUUGCACAGCACAAAACUGGAACUUCUCGAUGGACGACGGCGUCUUAUGGAUGAGAUGGCCACUUUGCAGGGCGAUGAUGCAGAGGAUAUAGCACCGAUCAUUGAUGGGAUUGAUGCUAGAAUCAGGGUUUUGGAUAGCCUUUGGGAUAGUGCAUCAUCCAAUCCUGAUGGCACUCAUUAUUCAUUGGUCUCCUUUUUGGAGCAGCCGCUACGCCAGCCUUUGAUUGCUGUCGAAGAGACGCCGCUUCCAUCUCAAGAUGAACAGAUCGGACGUCAAGUGGAAACCGCAACACUGAUCGCCCUAAUCCUACUCUUCAUCAUCGUCGCUACAAUCCCCGGAUACAAAGCUUUCGCGCUUUCCAUGCAAGACAGCGCGGUUGGAAGUAUCGGAGAUGCAGAUUUCUGGUAUCUGAUCCAAAGCAGUAUCAUGGCAGUAAUGGGCAACGUCAUCAUGGUUGUACCCUUGUUCAAGAAGUCGUGGUUCUCGCCAGCAUACGGUCUAAUGUGGGGAUUCUUCGCCCUCGGCCUUACUUUUGCAAUCGUCGCUGUUAUCAUCUACCCAUUACUCAACCCUGGCUGGAGCUCCAUGGUCGCUUUCUUUGGCUCCAUCGCAUCCGUUGCAUCAGUAUUGAUAAUGACCCAGGCAACCGCACGGGAGGGAACCAAGACCAAGGUCAAAACCGAAUAA